GGCCCAGCCGCGCAGUUGCCGUCACGCCGGCUACGUGGUAGCACGUAAUCGUAUAAAAGCUCCGUACAUCCGGUUUCCGGUAUCGGUUCCGUUUUCGUAUUCAUAAUGCAGUUCCGGCAUCGGUAUUAACUAAACAGUUAUUUCUAGUGCUUUUGAAAGGUAUUUAUUUAGUCACAUAAACUGAUUGCUGAUCAGAAAACCUCUAAUGCUGAAACUGAUUUAGAAUUUUCAUCAGUUUUAAAAAAGAAGGAGGAUGGAAAUCGCCCGGCCAAUAUGUGCCCUUUUCGUUAUACUACUGACGCUCUGUUUCACACAUAUAACACAAUGCAUGAAUGUGGGGAAAAUAAACUUCCGAGAGAAAGAGAAGCAGAUCCUAGACCAGAUCCUCGGUCCGGGCCGGUACGACGCAAGGAUCAGACCGUCCGGUAUCAACGGCACUGAUGGGCCAGCGGUAGUGAGCGUCAAUAUAUUUGUCCGAAGUAUAUCAAAGAUCGAUGACGUCACAAUGGAAUACUCUGUUCAGUUGACGUUCAGAGAGCAAUGGUUAGACGAGCGACUUAAAUUCAACAACUUAGGAGGUCGUCUCAAAUAUUUGACUCUGACGGAAGCGAACAGGGUAUGGAUGCCAGACUUGUUCUUCUCGAACGAGAAGGAGGGCCACUUUCACAACAUCAUAAUGCCGAACGUAUACAUCCGUAUCUUCCCCAAUGGUACGGUGUUGUACAGCAUCCGUAUCUCGUUGACGCUCUCCUGCCCUAUGAAUCUGAAGCUCUACCCGCUGGAUAAGCAGACCUGCUCCCUAAGGAUGGCUAGUUAUGGGUGGACUACAGAUGACCUGGUGUUCCUCUGGAAGGAGGGCGAUCCAGUACAGGUGGUGAAGAAUUUGCACCUGCCUCGGUUCACUCUAGAGAAGUUUCUCACUGACUACUGUAACAGUAAAACAAAUACAGGCGAAUACAGCUGCUUGAAGGUUGACUUGCUCUUCAAACGCGAGUUCAGCUACUACCUGAUCCAGAUCUACAUUCCGUGCUGCAUGCUCGUCAUCGUCUCCUGGGUGUCCUUCUGGCUGGACCAGGGAGCUGUGCCCGCUAGGGUCUCGCUCGGAGUGACCACGCUCCUGACUAUGGCGACCCAGUCGUCUGGCAUCAACGCGUCGCUACCACCCGUUUCCUACACGAAGGCGAUUGACGUGUGGACGGGCGUCUGCCUCACGUUUGUGUUCGGGGCGUUGCUCGAGUUCGCGCUUGUCAACUACGCUUCUCGCUCAGACAUGCACCGUGAGAACAUGAAGAAAACUAGGCGUGAAAUGGAGGCAGCAGCGAGUAUGGACGCGGCUUCAGAUCUUCUCGACACAGACAGCAACGCCACCUUUGCUAUGAUGCGACAGUGCGAGAUACACCUGAAGCCACCACGCAAGAACUGCUGUCGGCUGUGGAUGUCCAAGUUCCCAACACGCUCCAAGAGGAUCGACGUCAUUUCGCGCAUCACCUUCCCAUUAGUCUUCGCUUUGUUUAAUUUGGCCUACUGGUCUACCUACUUAUUCCGUGAAGAGGACGAGGAGAAGUGAUUCUCCGGGUGAGUGGGCGGCGCGGCGCAGAUGGCGCGUCUGGCGAGCGCAGUGCUGGCGCCGUACGUGCUAUUCGUGGUCGCGUACGCCGUUUUCCUGCGCUCCUCUGCCCCACGCACCCUGCUCCGCGCCCGCAUCUAAACCGAUAUAUCCACCAGAAAUCUUGCAGAACUUAACUUACCCAAGCGACAUGUAAACGCCCAUGCAAAUGGUGACUUGCCAAAUUUGCUGCGACAACCACGCGUUUUGUAGAAAAAAUUGCAGGGGCAGAGUCAUCAGUUGACUUAUGCAAGAUAUUGUGGAAAUUACUUGCCGGUGGACAUUCCACUUAACCUCUACGCGUCAUAUGCAAUUUAUUUACUACCCUCUCAUACUUUCCAGUCCUCCAUCUCAGCAAGUGUACCUGAUUACUUACCUUCCAAAUAAAUAAACUGAUGUGGCUUAGGUAUCAACUGUAAUUAAUACUCUUUGUGCUAGAAUUGAAAAUUGUCCGCAUUUCCAGAUAGAUCGUUACGUUGCUUAUUUAACGUUACUAAUUAUCAAAGUUAUAAUCUUAGAAAGAAAAUUUGAAAUGUUACCAAUCUAUAUAGAUUAUUGAAAUUUUUUUUCCGUGGUGUCCGCAGCGUAAUAUUUAUAUGACGAAACGUAAUAUCAAACG